GAAGCGCAGCGAGUAUCAUUGCAAGGGGGGGCUCCCCCGGCUUUUUCCUUCCUUCUUCGUCUCACCCUCGGUCCCUCCGCAUCUCUCUCUCUCCCCUCUCUCCUCUAUCCCUCUGUUCUUCUCUCCCUUCACCAUCCAACACGCUCACAGUUCAAUGGUGCAACCAAAACCAUAAGUCACUUGGAACAAUCCUGGCAUGGAGAGUUAUGGACUGCAUGAUCGUAAAGACUUGACACGCAUAGUAAGAGAAAAUAAGACAAAUAAGACAUAUAAGACAUGCCUGUUUACCACUUCCUAAAUACACUUUUUAACAUCAUUAGAGCCCUCUACACAUGAAAUAACACCCCUAUAGUCACCUUUGCACGCCUAUUACCAAAUAUGAUGGACUUUAUAUGAGAAAAAAAGACAUUUAAGUUUGCUGUUUUCUAAAAAAAUUUUUAAAACAUAAUUAGAGCCUUCUAACCAUGAAAUAGCACCCCUACAGUCAUUUCUACACACCUUUGACCCAAUAUAGUGGACUUUAUAUGAGGAAUUAAGACAUAUAAGACAUAUAAAACCUGUUUACCACCUUCUAAAUAUGCUUUUUAACAUAAUUAGAGCCCUCUAGAUAUGAAAUAACACCCCUAUAGUCACCUUUGCAUGCCUAUUACCCAAUAUGGUGGACUUUAUAUGAGGAAAUAAGACAUAGAAAAGCUGUUUGCCACUGUCUAAAAGUUUUUUAAACAUUAUUAGAGCCCUCUAGACAAGAAAUAGCACCCCUACAGUCACUGUUACACUCCUUUUACCCGAUAUGGUGGACUGUAUAUGCGGAAUUAAGACAUAUAAAAACCUGUUUACCACCUUCUAAAUAUGCUUUUUAACAUAAUUAGAGCCCUCUAGACAUGAAAUAACACCCCUACAGUCACCUUUGCACGCCUAUUACCCAAUAUGGUGGACUUUAUAUGAGGAAUUAGGACAUAUAAGACAUAGAAAAGCUGUUUGCUACUUUCUAAUAUAUAUUUUUAACAUAAUUAGAGCCCUCGAGACAUGAAAUAGCACCCCUACAGUCACUUUUACACUCCUUUUACCCAAUAUGGUGGACUUUAUAUGAGGAAUUAAGACAUAUAAGACAUAUAAAACCUGUUUACCACCUUCUAAAUAUGCUUUUUAACAUAAUUAGAGCCCUCUCUACAUGAAAUAACACCCCUAUAGUCACCUUUGCAUGCCUAUUACCCAAUAUGGUGGACUUUAUAUGAGGAAAUAAGACAUAGAAAAGCUGUUUGCCACUUUCUAAAAGUUUUUUAAACAUUAUUAGAGCCCUCUAGACAUGAAAUAGCACCCCUACAGUCACUUUUACACUCCUUUGACCCAAUAUAGUGGACUUUAUAUGAGGAAUUAAGACAUAUAAGACAUAUAAAACCUGUUUACCACCUUCUAAAUAUACUUUUAAACAUAAUUAGAGCCCUCUAGACAUGAAAUAACACCCCUAUAGUCACCUUUGCAUGCCUAUUACCCAAUAUGGUGGACUUUAUAUGAGAAAAUAAGACAUAUAAGACAUAGAAAAGAUGUUUGCCACUUUCUAAAUUUUUUUCAAACAUUAUUAGAGCCCUCUAGACAUGAAAUAACACCCCUAUAGUCACUCCAAAGGUAGGAACGCACAGUGGUGGUUAGCAUGUUGGUGGUUAGCAUGUUGGCCACACAUGUGGAGUCGCCAUGUUUUCCCCGUGUGGGUAUCUGGCUUCCUCCCACACUCCCAACAUCAUGCAUGUUAGGAUGUUAGGUUCAUUGGCAACUCCUGAUUUUUCCCGAGGUAGGAACGUGGCUCUUUGUGUAUACGUACCCUGCCAUUGGCUGCUGGCGAGCAGUCCUGGUGAGGACAAGCGGCAUUGAACAUGGACGGGUACUCGUGUCUGUUAACGCCUUGACUAAGUCAGCCCUGCUACUGUGAGCUAAAUUAAAAAAAGAAAGCAGUUAGCAUGUCGUUAUGCUAACUGGAGAUGUAGGAAUGGAAAACCAGCAGCCAAAAGCUGGUCCUUCCGUGGUUUUCCAGUUGGAAACGUGAGCAUGGAAACGCGGAAUCAAAAUAAAACCAUUUGAAUUUGGUCACAUGGUCUUGUCCGAGACAACAAACAUUCAAAUAAAAAAAAAAAAAACAAAGACAAAAUGCGGUGCGGAGGGAAGCACUGUCAUCCGGGAGAAAAUUCCUGCUCCUCCACAUUGAUGAGAGGAGCCAGAGGAGGUGCCUCCCUCCCAGACGCCUCCCCCCAUGGUCAGGGCACGUCCGACUGCUAGGAGGCCUCACGGAAGACCCAGGACACACUACGUCUCCCAACUGGCCUGGGAGCAUGGGGUGGACGGAUGGAAAUCCGGUCUUCACUUCCACCUCGGAUAUGUGGCGGAAGUUGGACGGACGGAAUCUCCCAAGAAAAAGCGACGCCAUCACCACGGAAGUGAAAACAAUCCGCAUCAAAACACCCGCCCACCGAUUUUUGCCUCGCAAACGCUCAACUUAAGGAUGAAAUGGAUCGGGUCAUGGGUCAUGGAUUCGGAGCGCUGUUGGGAAGGGGGAAGCAGGAAGUGAUAUCAAAGCUGCUGACAAACGUUACACUUCACUUCCUGGACUCAUCCUUUACCUUUUCAAACUACUUCCACACUUUGGAUGUUUUUUUUUUUUUUUCAUAGCCAUCAAUGUCAGCCUCCCUAGCAUUCAGAGCUAGCGCUCACCUCAGAUGCUCUGGAUUGUUCCAGCCAAGCAGAUGAUUUUAUUCACGCCAGCACCUUUAUCUGUCAUCUCCCAGCUCCUCCUCGCCUCCUUUCAGGUCCGCCUGCUGUACUGCUCCCAGGAGGAGGCCGAGCUGGUGUUCCGAGCGGCCUGGGCGGCGGGCCAGGCCGGGGCCUCGCACAUGUGGUUUGCCGUGGGGCCGGCUCUCUCGGGCUUGGGCGUGGAGAGCCUGCCGAGGGCGCUGUUUGCCGUGCGACCCCAGGGAUGGAGGGACGAACCCCAUCGCAGGAUCGCCAGGGGCGUGUCGGUGCUGACUCACGGGGCGGUGGCCAUGCGUAAAGAUUACGGGAUGACGGGCGGGCCCAACUUUGUCACCAACUGCAUGACGGAUACCAACCAGACCCAGAGACUGCGGGGGAGGAUGAGGUACUUCACCAACAUCACACUCGGCGGCCGCGAUUUCUCCUUCGACAGCGACGGCUACCUGGCCAACCCCUUCCUGGACGUCAUUUCCUGGACACCCGGAAAAGGAUGGGAAGAUGUAGGCUGGUGGGAGAAGGGCGUGCUGAGGUUGCGAUCUCCCGCCUGGUCCCGCUACGGGUCUUUCCUGAAACCUCCAGACGACGCCCAGCACCUGCGUGUCGUCACGCUGGAGGAAAGACCUUUUGUCAUCGUGGAGCUGGCAGACCCCGCAUCGGGGACUUGCAUCCGGGACUCGGUACCCUGCAGACGGCCACUCAACGCCAGCACCAACCACGAGGGCGUGGCUCCCAGGAAGCAAUGCUGCAAGGGCUUCUGCAUCGACAUCCUCAAGAGAUUGGCCAAGAUCGUGGGCUUCACCUACGACCUCUACCUCGUGACCAACGGGAAGCACGGCAAGAAAAUCGAUGGCGUUUGGAACGGCAUGAUUGGAGAGGUGGUGUACAAGCGAGCCGACAUGGCCAUCGGCUCGCUGACCAUCAACGAGGAGAGGUCGGAGGUUGUGGAUUUCUCCGUCCCUUUCGUGGAAACGGGGAUCAGUGUCAUGGUCUCCCGUAGCAACGGAACCGUAUCACCAUCUGCUUUCCUAGAGCCCUACAGUCCAGCGGUGUGGGUGAUGAUGUUCGUCAUGUGCCUGACCGUGGUGGCUGUGACCGUCUUCAUCUUUGAGUUCUUCAGUCCCGUGGGCUACAACCGCAGUCUGCAAACCGGCAAGAAGGCCGGUGGCUCGACUUUCACCAUCGGAAAGUCGGUGUGGCUUUUAUGGGCCAUCGUCUUCAACAACUCGGUUCCGGUGGAGAACCCCAGAGGAACAACUAGCAAGAUCAUGGUGCUGAUCUGGGCCUUCUUUGCCGUCAUCUUCCUGGCCUCCUACACGGCUAACCUGGCUGCCUUCAUGAUCCAGGAGGAGUACAUCGACACCGUGUCGGGCCUCUCGGACAAGAAGUUCCAGCAUCCCGAGGAGCAGUACCCGCCUCUCAAGUUUGGCACGGUGCCCAACGGGAGCACGGAAAAGAACAUCCGCUCCAACUACCCGGACAUGCACCAGUACAUGGGCAAGUACAACCAGAGAGGAGUGGAGGACGCCAUUCUCAACCUCAAGACCGGGAAACUAGAUGCCUUUAUUUACGACGCUGCGGUGUUGAACUACAUGGCCAGGAAGGACGAAGGUUGUAAGGUGAUGACCAUAGGCUCGGGGAAGGUUUUUGCCACCACAGGCUACGGUAUCGCCCUGCACAAAAACUCACGCUGGAAACGUCCUCUUGACCUGGCUCUUCUGCAGCUGGUGGGAGAUGAUGAAAUAGAAAUGCUGGAGCGCCUUUGGCUGUCAGGUAUCUGCCACAAUGACAAAAUUGAGGUGAUGAGCAGUAAGCUAGAUAUUGACAACAUGGCUGGGGUCUUCUACAUGCUUCUGGUGGCUAUGGGCCUCAGCCUGCUGGUGUUUGCCUGGGAACACUUGGUGUACUGGAAGUUACGCCAUUGCAUGGCCACCAGUUCAGGCAAACUGGACUUCCUCCUAGCCAUCAGCAGGGGCAUGUAUAGCUGCUGUAGCUUCGAAGACGAAACGGCGCCGGGCGGCGCUAAAUCGCUGGCCUCGCAUCACCACACCGCUAUGGUGGCGGUCCCGUCCCAAGCGCACGUUAUUUCCACGUCCAUGACGAGCCCGGCUAUCGCCAUAACGCAGCAGCAGCAGCCGCCGCCGCAACAGCAGCCCGUCUAUAAGACGCCCCUACCCGGCUCUCCUCCCACCGUGGUGCAUUCAGGAACAGCAGUGGGUCCCGCCGGCACCCCCAUCGCCGGGGCGCCCCUCCCUUGCUCCACUUUCCUGCCCAGGCCGGAUCGACGACUGGCCGUGGUGGAUCGCUGGAGACUUCCUAAAUCGACAGCUGCCAACCCGAGGGCUGUAAGGGGGGGCAUUCCCGACAUGGGACCCUUUGCUCAAAAAGUCCCACCAAACUGGGCUGCAUCUGCUGGAGGGGGCGGGGGACUUGACGGUUAUAAGCGAUAUUACGGUCCCAUUGACCCUGAGGGACUAGGGCCCUGCAUGGAGCAGCAGGCAGGGUCCCAGACCCCCAAGACUAUGCCCAGGGGCCACCCCCAGCCCCCUCCAGCCACUGUGGCCUUCUACUCGGAGAAGGGCGUGGACCACGGGGUGGGGAAGAGGGUAGUGGGAGGUGGCGGCGGAGGUCAGGGGAAAGGGGCUGUUAAAACUCUCGGAACUCCCAGACUGCCUCCGAAGAGUCAAGCUCCUCUGCCUCCUACACCUCCACCGCCACACCCCUCUCCCCCUCUCCCCUCGUCCUUUUGGAGGAGGCGCAGGCCCAAGAAGCCCAAGGAACCCGGAGGGCCGCUCUAUGAGAACAUUCUGCCACUGGGGCGGAGGGGGGAGGCGCGAGAUGGAGUGAGGGAGGGAGGAGGAAGGAGGGCACGCCCGCUUUCUCCCCCGCUCUCACUUCCUGUGCCAGUACCCCUCAGCCCCUCGUAUACGCCGCCCUCGCCGUCGGCGUCCUUGCACUAUACUUCCUCAUCGUCCUCCUCAACGACAUCUUCCACAUCCACGUCGUCGUCUGCCUCGUCUUCUCGCUCCACCUCCCCCACGUACUCGUACAGCUCCUCCCGGACCGGAGGACUCGACGAAGACGACGACGACGACGACGACGAGGAGCUCACGGAGGAGUCCAGCCUUCUCCUCGGGAGGGGGAGGGAAAGGGAACGCUCAAUCAUUCGGCCCCGUUCCCUCAGCCAAGGGCGCCUGCCGCCGCCCGUCCCCCCCAGGAAGCCACGCACAUCCUGGGGUGACCGGGGUGAGCGGGAGAGGGGCGGCAGCCAACUGUCCCAACUCCAAGAGUGGUGGGCGAGCUGGAGCGAGAGAGAGAGGAGCACGGGAGCCGGCGGAGACGCCGAGAGGCAAAAACGUGAGAAGAAGAGGAGGAAAGAGAAGGAGAAGGAGAAAGAGAAGAAGAAGAAGAAGAAGAACAAAAAGAGGAAGAAGCGGGAAGAGCGGGAACGAGAACGCGAGCGAGAGAGGAAAAGGCGAAAAGUGAAAAAGAAGAAGAAAAAGGCCUUGAAGACAAAGAAAAGGAAGAAAUCAACCGGGGGGAAAAGAUCCGAGCCGGAGGACGGAGACAUCGAGCCGGAGAGGGAAGGAGACGUGGAAGGAGACAGGGAAGGAGGCAUCCAAGACUACUCCUCCUUUUCGGUUCAGUAUCGCAGCGUGUUUGGAGACAAGAGACGGGAUUCGUGGGAUGGCGAGCGGGAGCGAGUGAGGAGAGAAGGAGGCGAGGAGGGCGACGACAGGGAAGAGGAGGAUAGCGGGCGGAGUCGGGAACGCCAUCCCAAACCCUCCCAUUCUCACCCCAGGCACCGCACCCCCAGUAAACGUUACCCCAACCUCAACAAACUCCCCGCAUCGGUCAAAUUUUGGGUGAACGGAAGAGGGGGCGACCCAAACACGCCCCCCGCAUCCCUGCACCCGUUCUUCCCAUCCAGCAAGCGGCGACGGAGCGAAGGAACGGAUCGGGAUGACGGCAGCCGGGUCGGAGAGAGGCGGCCAUUGUUGAUGCCUUACGAGAAAGACAAAGCACAGACCAGAGAAGGUCUUUCCUUCCAUGAGUGGGAUUCUGAGGACGAGGACGACGAGGUAGACGAGGAGGACGAGGAGAGGGAACGGGUCAGGGAACGGGCGGGCGACAGAGGAAGGAGGGCGGGUCGCGGGGCGGCGUCUGAGACCGAAAGGGAUAGACUAGAAAGACGGGCGGAGGACAGUUACUCGGACGAAGGCUCGUCGGGGGAGUUUGGGCGUUUUGAAAGGUACUGGGAGGGGGGCGGUUCCGGGAUAGGUGGGGGCGGGUGGUUCUUUGGGACCUACCCCUCCAGAGAAAGAGGCGGCAGUGUCAACAGUCGGGAUGAUUCCUUUCUCGGAACCAGGGCAGAAGGCUGGAUUGGUUCUGAUUUUUGGAGUUCAGGGGCGGGCGCAGGUUGGGGGUCAGGGGGCUCUCAAUGGCCACCGCCCCCCGCGGCGUUCCCUCCGCCGAGGAGAUACUGGUCUAUGGACAAGAUCCCGAUUAAGGGAGAGAAAAAGUGGAAGGGGGGGAAGAGCAAGAGGCAAGCUAGGGACCGAGGGGCGGAGGGUCGACGGGCCACCAUGUGUUCCUGCAGCCUUUACCCCCAUCCCCAUCCGUACCCGCACCCCCACAGCCGCCCGCACGCCACCCAUUCCAAGAGACGACCCACCUCGCUUUCCCGUAGCCAGGAGGAGCUUCUCCCCCACUGUCACAGUUUCAGCGGGGGCCCGCGCCCCAAAGCCCUUCCCCCCAAGUCGGACACCGGUCAGACCAAAUCAGGCAGCCAAUCUAACCUCAGCGCGCCGCCCGCCGACUUAGCCCCCGAACCCCCACCGUCGCCACCUCAGCCGCCCUCUCUGUCUCCCACAAACCUCCCGAUGCCCAUCCCGCCUCCGCCGUCCUCGUCGUCGGUGUCACCGUCGUCGGCGGGGGUGGGGAUGGCCGGCCCGGGUCAGAUUCAGGGCUCUGCCAGUGCCAAACUCCAGUACCAGAGACUACGCUCCGUGCCGCAACCGCGGCGGUUCUACUCGCCUCACCUGCCACUCAAAGCCAAGAGUCUGUGCUCACGCCGCGGGUCAGCCCACUUCUCCAGCCUGGAGAGUGAGGUAUGACAGGGGGAGAGGAGAGAGGGAGACGUAGGAGCCGGCACCGACGGCACCGACGGAACCGAGCGGGCGGCCGGAGCUCAUCCCGACGUUAGCGUUGCUCUGCACGAGCGCAACACCGCCGCCGCCGCCACCGCCCGCUCCCUUGUUCACGUUCUCGUAAGCGCCACGGUGAGACGCCACACCAGGGUAAGCUACACCCCCUUGGAUGAGAGCGACGGCGAGGCCGCGUCACCGAGGGGGGCGACGGCUCCGGAAGUUGUCCUCCGCUCAGAGUUGACCUUUGUGAUGUCAUCAUCGGUUCUCCUCCCCUCGCCGGGUCACAACUGCGGACGGGAGUAGUCCGUACUCCGACCUUGAGUGAGUAAUGAUGUCAUAUUUGUACACAAACGCGCCGUGUGCUCCAAACGUCUCCCUCCCUCUGGCUUUGAGAAGACUUCCGGUGGCUUCAGGAGGGGGGGGCGGCGCCCCAACGGUGGAUGGCGACCAACCAAACGGGCCCCCGCUUUUUGCUUUUGUAAAUGACUUAAUGAGUCCACCUCUCUUGUGCGACGUCACCGAUGGGCGAUUCACGAACGAUCCGGCAACACCAACAUCAGACCCAUCUAGCGCUAACCCAGGACCCCGCCCCUUUGCCUAUGCCCCCUCCCCCGUUCUAUGUGAUGUCAUGUUUUAUUCCAAAAACACUCUGAACUGAACGGGAUCCACUUGGGAGCUUGCUACGUCACCUGUGGUCCAGCCAGAACUGUAUUAGAGUAUUUGGAUGAAAAAUAAUAAUAAUAAUAAUAAUAAUAAUAAUAAUAUUUAAAAGGGAAAUAUUAAGAAGAAAAAAAACUAGCAUUUAUUUUUUCUCCAGUUUUCUCCAACAUGUUAUAAUAAUAUAUUUCUCUGACUGGGUUAGUGUUUUGGAAAAGAGGAGGCUGGAUGUGGCUCGUGUUGGACGUGGGAGCUGUGGGAAAAAUCUGGGAAAAAUGGGAAUAUGGGAAAAUGACCUUUAAGAAUGCUAUUUUUUUUUCCCUGUCGUGGGAUGAUUGGUGCAUUUGACUCAUAUUUCGACUCAUAUUUACGAGAUGAGUAAAGCGAAAGGCAAAAAAGCGAAAAACACGAGCCGGAUAUCGGAGAUGACGGAUGACACGAAGCACAAUUCCCCGUAUUUUUUCCAACACUUGCUACUACUGCACAAUCCACACGUUAGCGUUUUUAUCGGACUUUGACAGGAAGAUACGUACACUGUGAUAACGCUUGGUAACAACGAUGCUCACGGAAAAACGGAAUGACACUGAGCAAUGAGCAAUAUUCCCAUCUUUAAUGUGACACGGAUUGCCGAAACGUGUGUUCGUCGGCGUUCGUCGAAUACGUUCGAUAUCUUUGAUUGCUGGGUUUCAACCACAUUGAACAACAACAUGGCGUCGCUUCCGGUGAGUUAGCAUCAUUCAUUCAUAGCAUUCCUGGGUAGACUCCUUUGGGGCGUAUUUUGGAAAUUGUAGAAGGUGGGAUGAAUGAAAACAUAAGACGAGUGGAAGCUUACAUCAUGGAAGUAACGCUCGGAACGUUUUCACAGGACCUCGAUAUGACCUUAAUUCGAGCUAAUUUUCCACUUCCGAUAUUUAAUUUAGGUUGCACGAUACAAAUCAAGCAAGCUCGACAGUUUUUUUCCGUUUUUUUUUUUUUUAAUGCCCGGGCAUAAUAUUUUGCCUAAUUGUUGUAAACAUCGAAAAAAAUAGGACAUCCGGUCACCCAUUUAUAUACACAGUUUGGUGUUAGCUUAAUGGAAGAGAGCUAACAGGCUAACAUUAAAAAUAACGCAAAAAAACGCUUAAAAAACAAAAAAAACACCAAUGAGACCAGAUGAGAGCUGCACGGUGGUUGAGUGGUUAGCGCAUAGACCUCACAGCUAGGAGACCAGGGUUCAAUGUACUAUAUUGCUACUUCAUAUUUAAAUACGGUUUAUUUAUAGUCAAAAAUUUGACAUUUUUUUAAGUAUAAAAAUGGCAAAUUAACCCUUAAAUGCAUAAGUGGUUGUUUUCUUGAAAUAUCUUCGUAAUUAACAUUUUUUUAUCAUUUCAUAUUCCAAGUAUUCCUAAAAAAAAAAAACAUGUUUUAAUAUCAUGCCAUUUUUAACUUACCUUUUAUGAAUUUUAAGAAAUUUUAGUUUUUGUCUUACUACCCCAACCUUCCAUAAGUGGGUCAAAAAUGACCCGGUCAAGUUAUUUUAUUGAAAUAUCUUCGUAAUUAACAUUUUUUUAUCAUUUCAUAUUCCAGGUAUUCCUAAAAAAAACAUGUUUUUGCUAUCAUACCAUUCACAUUUUUAACUUACCUUUUAUACAUUUUAAGAAAUUUUAGUUUUUGUCUUACUACCCCAACCUUCCAUAAGUGGGUCAAAAAUGACCCGGUCAAGUUAUUUUAUUGAAAUAUCUUUGUAAUUAAAAUUUUUUAUCAUUUCAUAUUCCAGGUAUUCCUAAAAAAAAAAACAUGUUUUUGCUAUCAUACCAUUCACAUUUUUAACUUACCUUUUAUACAUUUUAAGAAAUUUUAGUUUUUGUCUUACUACCCCAACCUUCCAUAAGUGGGUCAAAAAUGACCCGGUCAAGUUAUUUUCUUGAAAUAUCUUCGUAAUUACAAUUUUUUAUCAUUUCAUAUUUUAGGUAUUCCUCAAAAAACAUCUUUUUUUCUAUCAUAUCACAUUUUUAACUUACCUCUUAUACAUUUUAAGACAUUUUAGUUUUUGUUUUACUACCAGUCCAGGGUGUUCCCCCCGCUGGGAUAGGCUCCAGCACCACCGCCAAAAUGAAUGAAUGAAAAUGAAUAAAUAGCAGUCAUGCCGAAAUGUUGUGUUGCUGCUGGAUGUUCAUAGCAUCCAAGUCAUACACCAAGUUUCUUUUCUAAAAGAGGAAGCUUUAAGACAACAAUAAAGGCUUGAAAUCACGGCUACCUACGUAUAUGUGCCCUGUGAUUGGGAUAAGCUGGGAUAGGCUCCAGCACCCCACCCCCCGCGACCCUCGUGAAGAUAAGCGGUAGAAAAUGAAUGAAUAUUGUAAACAUGGAGAAAAUAGGACAUCUGGUCACUCAUUUAUACACACAGUUUAGUGUUAGCUUAAUGGAAGAGAGCUAACAAGCUAACAUUUUAGCUUAAAAAAAAAAAAAACACCAAUGAGACCAAAUGACCCGUGCUGUGCAGGUGAGCAAAUCAAGCACACACAAAAAUUCACUUUCCGAGUUCAAAAAGUUUACCGGAAACCUCCGUGGCGUCACAGUGGCUGCUCGGAGAACAUGCCCGAAUACGGUGCACCUUCCUGGGCCACAGUAGGCGGCUCUUCCCCCUCUAUGCUCUGGUUCUCCUGAUAAUAGUCAAGUGCUAGUAGUCAUGUGAUGAUAUUUCAUUAGGAGUCAUCAACAGGUAGAAUUGGUCACAUGCUCAUUUGUUGCAGUCCUUGUUACCUCCAUGUGUGUACAAAGUACACUUUAUAAAAAGUAAUAUCGGUACGGUACCGUCUCUUUGAAGCGGAUGUGACGUCGGUUGAAAACCCAGCAAUUGACUUCAUUUAAUGGAUUCCGUGCGGUACAAAGUCCAAGACGCUUUUGUGUAGCGUGAUUCCUUCGGAGCCGUCCGUCCACUGUGUGUGAACGCCGCCAGCAUUGGCAUCCAUUUUUGAUCUCUCACACUAAGACCAGCCACAGCCCAGCUCUUCUUCUACGGUAGUUGAAUGUAGCUCUGUCACCAUGUAGCAAAACAACACCUACUUUUACAAUUUGUAGCUUUUUAUGUGGCUAAUAAUGGCUAAACGGGGGGACUUGACUCGCUGUACGAGGGGGCUGUGCGUUAUAUUUGUGCAUGUUGUCACAGAUCCGAGGCUUAGUCCACCUUCUCAAUUCCCCCUUUGGCAAGCGCUAUCUUUUAUCUGCACACCGAUUGCUUUUUUUCUAUAUCUGUGUGGGGGCAGUUUGUACAAAAAAAACAAAAAAAAAACAAAUCAGUCAUCAUUAAGAGAGCUCAUUUUGCCCCGGGCAAAUCAUCAGUGCAUGUUGAGAUGAAUUCAGUGUGAAAGAUGUGUGUGGUGCGUUCGAAGACCACGGCAAAUGUUGGGUAGCCAGGGAAGCCGCCUGCUUAGACGAGGUCACGAGCCUGCAAAGCCCUUCAUCCCGACACCGGUAACCAUGGCAGCAGUUGUUUAAACAACCCACAGGGCUUCAAGGAAAAGUGCACUUUUUUUUCUGGAAUUUUUGCCCGUCAUCCACAAUCCUGACGCGAGAUGUGAACGCGCUUCGUCUGUCUCUUCUCUGCCUUCGAAAGAAAAUGGAAGCGGAUAAAAAGAGGCGGCUAAGGAUGCACGUGUUAGCUGUAUGUUAACCAAGUCGCAGCGACGUUCGGUGUCGUAUCGGUGUCGGCAACAUCAACCUUAGCGAAGGAAUUGGCCAUCAAAUCGCAUCUUGUCGUUUUUAGGAACGUUACAGUCCGCCUUUUGCCACGGUUUUAACAUGACUAGAGCCCCCUCGACAAGAAAUAACACCCCUAUAGUCACCUUUACGCUCCUGUCAGCCAAUAUAGUAGACAUAAUAAGAGACAAUAAGACAUAUUAGAGCCCUCUAGACAUGAAAUAACACCCCUAUAGUCAGCUUUACACUCCUAUGAUCCAAUAUAGUAGACAUAAUAAGAGAAAAUAAGACAUAUUAGAGCCCUCUAGACAUGAAAUAACACCCCUAUAGUCAGCUUUACACUCCUAUGAUCCAAUAUAGUAGACAUAAUAAGAGACAAUAAGACACAUUAGAGCCCUCAAGACAUACAAAACCUGUUUACCACCUUCUAGGUAGUUUUUAACAUGAUUAGAGCCCCCUUUACAAGAAAUAACACCCCUAUAGUCACCUUUACACUCCCGUUAGCCAAUAUAGUACACAUAAUAAGAGAAAAUAAGACAUACAAAACCUGUUUACCACCUUCUAAGUAGUUUUUAACAUGAUUAGAGCCCCCUUUACAAGAAAUAACACCCCUAUAGUCACCUUUACACUCCUGUUAGUCAAUAUAAUACACAUAAUGAGAUAAAAUAAGACAUACACAACCUGUUUACCACCUUCUAAGUAGUUUUUAACGUGAUUAGAGCCCCCUCGACAAGAAAUAACACCCCUAUAGUCACCUUUACACUCCUGUUAGUCAAUAUAGUACACAUAAUUAGAGAAAAUAAGACAUAUAAAAACCUGUUUGCCACCUUCUACACACAGUUUUUAACAUGAUUAGAGCCCUCUAGACAUGAAAUAACACCCCUAUAGUCACCUUUACACUCCCGUUAGCCAAUAUAGUACACAUAAUAAGAGAAAAUAAGACAUACAAAACCUGUUUACCACCUUCUAAGUAGUUUUUAACAUGAUUAGAGCCCCCUUUACAAGAAAUAACACCCCUAUAGUCACCUUUACACUCCUGUUAGUCAAUAUAAUACACAUAAUGAGAUAAAAUAAGACAUACACAACCUGUUUACCACCUUCUAAGUAGUUUUUAACGUGAUUAGAGCCCCCUCGACAAGAAAUAACACCCCUAUAGUCACCUUUACACUCCUGUUAGUCAAUAUAGUACACAUAAUUAGAGAAAAUAAGACAUAUAAAAACCUGUUUGCCACCUUCUACACACAGUUUUUAACAUGAUUAGAGCCCUCUAGACAUGAAAUAACACCCCUAUAGUCACCUUUGCACUCCUGUUAGCCAAUAUAGUAGACAUAAUAAGAGAAAAUAAGACAUACAAAACCUGUUUGCCACCUUCUAAGUCGUUUUUAACAUGAUUAGAGCCCUCUAGACAUGAAAUAACACCCCUAUAGUCACCUUGACACUGCUAUUACCCAAUAUAGUACACAUAAUAAGAGAAAAUAAGACAUACAAAACCUGUUUACCACCUUCUAAGUAGUUUUUAACAUGAUUAGAGCCCUCUAGACAUGGAAUAACACCCCUAUAGUCACCUUUACACUCCUGUUAGCCAAUAUAAUGCACAUAAUAAGAGAAAAUAAGACAUAUAAAAACCUGUUUGCCACCUUCUACGCACAGUUUUUAACAUGAUUAGAGUCCUCUAGACAUAAAAUAACACCCCUAUAGUCACCUUUGCACUCCUGUUAGCCAAUAUAGUAGACAUAAUAAGAGAAAAUAAGGCAUACAAAAUCUGUUUACCACCUUCUAAGUAGUUUUUAACAUGAUUAGAGCCCUCUGGACAUGAAAUAGCACCCCUAUAGUCACCUUUACACUCCUGUUAGCCAAUAUAGUAGACACUGAAUAAGACAUGAAACUCAGGUUUGCAUCGGCUGCCAUCUUGUGGCAUUUAGGAACGUUUGUUCUGCCUUCUGAACUUCAAAGCUCAUGCUUCCGUAACCUAGCUCGAUGCUAAUACCUCAUGGAAAAUCAGUUUGAAACAUGGUUGAGAUACACAAACUGCUGAGUCAGAGGUCGAAACGAGCAUAUUUAGGAUGUUUGGAUAUGCAUUAGCUAGCCGUCGCUAGUUAGCAUUUCAACGGAAACUGAGCGGAUGGAACAAAGCGCUUACGGCGAGCUGCGCGUAACACUAACCACCGUGCCGUCAAUUAGCCGCCUCUUUUCAGCUGUUUGUUUAUGCGGAGAAGGCGGAGCUAAGAGAGAGAGGGGGGCGUGUGUUUACGUCCGACGUAAGGACGUAACGGAUGACGGCUGCGCUUUUCCACCCCAAAGCUGGGACGACAGGUUUGAUUUCCGCCGAGGCGCUAAUUCUGAAGUCUGUGACCGCAUGAACGGAAGUGUCUCGUUUUUUGCUCCUUUUCGAUUCUUUUCUUUGAAAGGAGAAAAAAAAAAAAAAAGAAUAUAUGAAAAUAUACUAUGUUUUUUGAGAAUGUACCAUGUUAUACUGUGAUUUAACUGAGAUAUUUUAUUGUAUUCAGAUCAUUUGGAUUCUACCAUUUAUGGAGAAAUAUAUAUGUACAAAUAUAUAUAUAAUAUAUAUAUAUGUAUAUAUAUAUAUACACACACACAGGUAUAUAUAUUAGUUAAGUUUGAUAUAUUUGGAGGAAGUGUUAGAUGAGCUAGUUUUCAGUGUUUUAGCUUUGUAGCCGAUCUAGUAACUGAAAUGAUUUUGGACUUUUGAUUCCUCCUAUAUGACUGUGAAGACAUUAGUGCCUGUGACUAAAAAAAAAAAAAGACUAAGUAAAAGUCCAAACUGGCUAUCCAUGUGUAUCUACUACAGCCAUCGCUCCUCUGGUAC